AGGAGCAGGAAGUAGGAGGCUAGAUCGCCGAGCACAGCACUGAAGGGACCAUUUGACAAGUUAAGUUUUUGUGUUGGGGUGCUAUGAAUCAGAAAUCAGUAUUUUUUUCAUGGUUAGAAACUUGUAUAUUUCGCCGGUGCAUACGGACAUUUUGUUGGCUCCCUGGAAUAAUAUAGCAUGCUACCCACAUAGAUAGCCUAGAGCUAGCUAACUUCUGGGGUCUCUAAAACAAUGUGCGCUAGCUAGGGAUAACUACAUAUUCAAGGGACAAUGAGCAUACCAACAAUUUGUCGUGGAAGUGGCGUUAAAGAAGAGUAUCGAUCCAGGACAUGCCAUGUUGCGAAUAAUGCUUGAUAAUAAUUGAUAGCCAGCUAACGAGGUUAACCUUACGCCGGCGUUAGCUUGGUAACCAUCCGGUCGCGCGCGUCAAUUCAAAUGAACUGGGAUUGCUUUGCGCACGUUAAUAACUUAACUGCUUGAGUGAAACUGCUUCUAAUUUUGUCUUAUAUUUAUUGGUGUAAUGUACGGGCCAGACGUGUAUAACAGUGUUUAGUACAGCUUGCUUGCACGCACCUUUGCUCCCGAUAAUAAAAUGGCAAGCCCAGCUACAGCAGUACAGUACAGCGGUUCAGCCUAGGUCGUCCGCGUCAUACUGCGUUGUGUGCAUGCCUGCAGUUCACGAUUUAGGCUACUGCACCUGUCCAAUAUUUAAAGGCCCCAACAUUGCACACAUUUAAGAUGGCAGCUUUACACGCAAGAGCAUUACUUUUCAACCUCAGGUGUUCUAUCCCAAGAGUCGGCAUGUCCCCCCUUGUGCGAUUUGCGACCGUCCGUGGCUGCUAGCAAAAAGGUCCCGUUCAUAGCCAGCUCCCCAGGGUGGGAGCGCUCUGCUGGGUAGCACAGAAGACGGCGUUCUGCUUCGCCAGCUAGGAGGCGUCCCCCCGGCAGCAGCCUGCCGACCGCAAGUCUUUAGCGCGGGUUCAGGUGCACAAGCUAGCCUUCGCCCUGAAGCUGUGCGUCCGCGCCGUGGUCCUGCUGCUGAAGUUCGGGCCCCUGCUCCUGCUGUACCCGCUGUGCCUGGUGUCGGCGCGCCUGGGCUCCCGCUGGCUGGACGCCCUGCUGUGGGUGACCGAGACGUCCGGCCCCACCUUCAUCAAGCUGGGCCAGUGGGCCAGCACCAGGCGGGACGUCUUCUCCGCGGAGUUCUGCCGCCGGUUCUCCAGGCUGCACGUGCGCGUGCGGCCCCACUCCUGGGCCCACACCAAGCGCUGCCUGACGCGGGCCUUCGGCGACGUCUGGAGGACGCUGUUCCAGUUCCACAGCCGGGAGCCCGUGGGCUCGGGGUGCGUGGCCCAGGUCUACCGGGCCUCGGCCCGGGUGGACAGCAUCGAGGACCCGGUCUUCCACCGGCUGGUGGAGGACAUGGAGAGGGAUGACCUCCUGGAGGCCUGGGAGAUCCCCGGGCUGGGCGGGACCUUGGGGUCCCUGUGGGGGCAGGGGCACGCGGAGGACGAUGGGGAAGAGAUGAGCGAAGGUGGAAGGGGAAGGGGCGGGGCGGACCCGUCUGUGGCUGGACACGGAGAGCAGGGCCAAACCGCGGACACGUCCCACAAGCAGGAGCACCUGGUUUCAGUGGCCAUCAAGGUGCUUCACCCAGGGGUCAGGAGGCAGGUGCAGGUGGACCUGCUGCUCAUGAAGGCAGCCAGCUGGCUGCUGCACUGUCUCCCCGGCCUCAAGUGGCUCAGUCUGCCGGAGAUCGUGGAGGAGUUUGAGAAGCUCAUGAGCAGACAGAUCAACCUGCGGUACGAGGCGGAGAACAUCGAAAGGUUCCGGGAGAACUUUCGGGACGUGGAUUUCGUGACGUUCCCCACGCCUCUUCGGCCGUUUGUCACGAGCAACGUCCUGGUGGAAACGUUCGAGGAGAGCGAACCCAUCUCCAACUUCCUCAGCCCAGACGUGCCGGACGAGGUGAAGCGGAGGAUCGCCAGGAUGGGCGUGGACACUCUGCUGAAGAUGAUCUUCGUGGAUAACUUUGUGCACGGGGACCUGCAUCCCGGGAACAUCCUGGUGCAGGGCGGGCGCGGGGCCCUGCCGCCGGGCCGGACCACCCUGACGGACCUGUGGGACACGGUGGUGGUGAGCGUGCGGCCGGCCCCCGCCCCGGUGCGGUUGGUGCUGCUGGACGCCGGCAUCGUCGCGCGGCUCAGCGAGGGCGACCUGCGCAACUUCCGCGCCGUCUUCACCGCCGUGGUGCUCCGGGAGGGUGAGAGGGUGGCGGAGCUGAUCCUACACCACGCCCGGGCGAACGAGUGCAAGGACGUGGCCAGGUUCAAGCAGGAGAUGGCCGAGCUGGUGAACAAGACCCUGAGCGACACGCUGACUCUGGGGAAGGUCCAGGUGGCUGACUUACUGUCUCGUGUCUUUGGGCUGUUGAUCACUCACAAGGUGAAACUGGAGAGCAACUUUGCCUCCAUUGUGUUUGCCAUCAUGGUCCUGGAGGGCCUCGGUCGAUCCCUGGAUCCCAACCUGGACAUCCUGCAGAUCGCCAAACCCAUGCUGCUAAAGAACUGCGCCUCAAUCCUUUAACUCAACAAAACUAGUUUGUCACACCGUUGGGACGGUAGCUUCGGGGCUCACACUACGUCUUCACUCAUCUCCUCAUACCUCUGUGUUGUACUUCCAAAACAAUGUGUCCCGAUAUGCUGCAUGUACAAAACCGAAUCCCCGUCACACGUCUUGAACCCGAGACUGUGAUUGGCUAAUUAGUUUUUUCUUCUUUUUUUUAUUUUUAUUGCUGGGUUCAAAUAAAAGCCUGUGUGCACAACAGUCCUUAUUGGGAAAGAUUGGACACCCUGACUUCUGGUGUACGUAGAACAGGGAGGGGGGAGUUGAAUUAAAAUGCACUUGACAAUCCCUUGUGUUUGCGGAACAAUGGAAUUGAACCAUUUACUGCUACCAGUUUUGGGUUUGAUUACUCAGGUUGAAAUGGCUGCGUUUGUGUCAAACAUUGUGUCAUGUUUGUGUCAUGCUACACGUUGACCCGUUUACUUGUCUAAUUAAGGUUGAUAUGAUCCAGUUCAAAUGGAUUCAUUGCAGUAGCUAGACAAAUGUACUGGAUUGUUUUGCCACGUUUUUUUGUGAACCGCGACUGAAACAAAUCCGCCCUUGAUUGCACGUCUUGUUGUAGGUGUGAUGUUCAGGUACGUUUAUUGAAACGUUGUCAUUGUGUAAUCUCAUGCAAUUCUUGUUUUUUUUCUGUCAGUUCAGACAUAUAUAUUUUUACACCACAGCUGGGAUAAAGUAAGAUGUGUUUGAAAUG